GUCACACACAUACACACACAUCUUCGCGCGUCAUCCGGAAUCGCCUGGAAAGCUGCACAACACGUUUCUCCCGUUAUUAAUUUACAAAACGCAGGGAGAUCACGGAAAACUAAACAGAAGAGCGCACAGGCGUUCGCUCCGCGCACACUUCCCAAAGGAACACCUGGGAUGGAAAAACGUUGCCUCCUCUGGACUCUGGAUAAUAAAAACUCCCGGGAAAGAAUGAAGUAGCCGCUAUGGAGCCGGACAAUGCCCCGAACUCCAAACGCAAAGUCGCUGGAGUCGGGGGGAGAGCUCUCUUUCUUUGGACUAUGCUGUGUUGCAUCUGUUCUCUGAGGCUAACACAAGCACAAGAUGUGGAUAUACUGCGGCAGCUUGGGCAUUUUGGGCGAAGGACGGGCGUGCCAUCAACAACAGGCGCUCACUCCAUCCCCACCGGCGUCAUCCCAUUCAAGUCUAGCGUCAUCCUCACUCCGAGGGCACGCCUCCAGGUGCCUCUCCGUACUGUUAUCCCUGCCACCUACAACACCACCAGCCUCUCCCUGAUCCUCAGCUUCUCUGUUCAUCGUUUCAACGGCGCCUUCCUUUUCUCUGUUCUGUCUAAGAGAAAGAAGCUGCAGCUCGGAGUGCAAUUCACACCAGGAAAUGUUGUGGUACACGUGGGGCACAAGAGCUCUGUGAGUUUUGACUACAAUGUCUACGAUGGCCAGUGGCAUAAUGUUGCUGUGGAUGUUCGAGGUCGUUGGGUAUUUUUGCACACAUCCUGUGGUAAUAAAAGCUUACAUGCACAUUUGUCCUCCAAAAAAGAGGAGGCCCUGGAUCCAGAUGGUUUCUUCCUGCUGGGCAAAAUGAACCACAACUCGGUGGCAUUUGAAGGUGCAAUCUGUCAAUUUGACAUUUAUCCCUCGUCCAAGGCAGCUCAUAACUAUUGUGAUUACAUUAAGAAGCACUGCAGAGAAGCUGACACAUAUCGGCCAGUGUUUCCACCUAUGCUACCUCUAUUUCCAGACCCAGAUAUUACUUUCACUCAUAGAACUUCAUUGUCACUGACAGCGAGAUCCAAAAAGGCAAAAAAUCUAUCUUUAGUUUCAAGGCCUACUAUUUUUCAUCCAACUGACCAAUUGAUGAUGCUGAACAAAACAUCUUUAGCUGCAGUAUAUGCUGCUUUGUCUGUUUCUCUACCCGUUAAUGCAGGAUUGGAAAACCCGCCCAAAUUUUCAUCUCCGGCUGUUACUACAUCUCUUCGUAUCAUGAAUCCACCAGAUCCAACACAAGUCAGAAAAAACACAAUGCAGAGGGAUAUUGAGUCUUCAGAAGCUUAUGGGAAAAAUGUAUUUGCACCUGUUUCCAUCAGACCAUCGGCGUCAAAGCCAAACCUCAAGCACAAGGCUGUUCCCACACAGGGGUCUCCUUCUAACACCUAUGUUUCCUAUAACAAGGAGCUGACCACAGUAGCUCCAAAGAAACCUGAGCCAGAAGUGACCAGUGAUUUCAAACCAAGCACACUCUCUGCAGUGACUCCGGCUGCAACUGAUGGCUUUCAAUUUGACCUGGAGCCGACCAAGUUCUCACUGCUUGCUGGACCACCUGGGCUAAGGGGAGAACCAGGACCACCGGGUCCCCAAGGAUUUCCAGGCUUGCCAGGAAGUCCAGGAAAAAGGGGCCCCAGGGGUCCUCCUGGUCCUUAUGGAAAUCCUGGUCGUCCCGGACCACCCGGACUGAAGGGACAAAAAGGAGAUGCUGGAAUGUCACCUGGCCAAGCCCCAAAAGGACAAAAAGGAGAACCUGGUGUGAUUGGCUCACCGGGACCACCAGGCCAAGAUGGACGAAAGGGACAAAAAGGCUAUUCUGGUCCUUCUGGUCUUCCAGGCGACCCUGGUGAGCAGGGAAAUAAUGGAAGCCCUGGGGCCAAAGGCUAUCCUGGGAGGCAGGGUUUUCCUGGGCCAGUAGGAAGAACUGGACCAAUAGGUGUCAGUGGUCACAUUGGCAUCCCAGGGCUUUUUGGCUUUCCUGGACCUGAUGGGGAAAGAGGAAUUCCUGGUGUGCAUGGGAAGAAGGGCAAGAUGGGUAGGCCGGGGUUUCCUGGUGACUUUGGAGAACGGGGACCUCCUGGACCUGAUGGUAACCCAGGAGAGCUGGGAGCUCCUGGCCCAUGUGGAGUCAAUGGCCUUAUUGGAGACAUGGGGCCUGGUGGCAUGAUGGGGUUACCGGGAUUUCCAGGACUCAAGGGCGUAGCUGGAAAUCCAGGGGAAGCAGGACUGAAAGGUGAUAAGGGUGAUCUUGGCCUAACCGGAGAACAGGGAGAGUGUGGAUUCCAAGGGGACAAGGGCAGUCGAGGCUCUCCUGGGUUACCUGGUCCUCGUGGAAAACCUGGGCCACAGGGCAAACCUGGAGAAAAAGGCCCUGAUGGCAGGCCCGGUCCUCAUGGCCAAGAGGGCUUCCCAGGUGACAUUGGCCCACCAGGACAAAACGGCCCUGAGGGACCAAAGGGAAAGCAAGGGACAAGAGGUUUGCCCGGUCAGGCAGGAACAGCUGGACUUCAGGGUGAUGGGGGACCAGUUGGGCCAGCUGGACCUGCUGGAGCUGAGGGCAGGCCUGGGAGGCAGGGAUUUCCUGGACUGACAGGUUCAGAUGGACCCAAGGGCAUGAUGGGGAUAACCGGCGAGGUCGGCAAGCUUGGCGAGAGGGGACUGCUGGGCUUUGUUGGGCCUGUUGGAGAGACUGGAAUGGCUGGAGAAAAGGGGGAUCGAGGGAAAAUGGGUAUCCCCGGACCUCCAGGUGAACCUGGGCCAAUGGGUCACUCUGGAAUACCUGGAGAGGCAGGACCACCGGGAGUGGAGGGGAUUCCAGGGCCACUUGGUUCCCAAGGAUCUGCAGGCAUCAGAGGACCUAAAGGCAGGAGGGGCCUAAGAGGUCCUGAUGGUCUACAAGGACCGAAGGGGUCAACAGGGGUCAGGGGGCCUGAUGGUCCACCAGGAAAAUUGGGCCUCCCUGGGGAGAUGGGAAAGUUUGGUGAGCCGGGCAAAGUUGGAUCAAAGGGGUUUCCAGGUGUUUCGGGGCCCUCAGGACCUCCCGGAGCCAAAGGAAUUGCAGGGGAACCAGGAGCAUUAGGGCCAACAGGAAGGAUUGGACCACUUGGGUCGAUUGGACCGAUGGGACCUGAUGGAAAUGCUGGAGAAAACGGGCCAUCGGGUGAACCUGGAGAGAAGGGUUCUGUUGGUGCACCUGGCAGCACUGGGGAGCAGGGCUUGAUUGGCCAGAGAGGUGAGACAGGGAUUGAUGGGGAGGCUGGGCCAAGUGGACCUCAUGGAACUAAGGGUGAGAAAGGAGAUGCUGGUCCAGAUGGCGCCAUUGGGGACAGAGGUGAAAUUGGCCUGAAAGGAAAGGAAGGGCGAACUGGUCCUUCUGGACUUGUGGGGGUCAGGGGUCAGGAAGGCAAACCUGGCAAAAUUGGGGAAAGAGGAAAGCCAGGAGAAAAGGGGAGCAAAGGUCAGCAAGGCCAUUUAGGUGAGGGUGGACCAAUUGGGGAGCAGGGAGAGCAUGGAUUUACUGGACAGAAGGGAGCAAGAGGAACCAUUGGCCCUGCGGGUGCUCCUGGAAGAAUGGGCCAAGAAGGCGAUCCAGGCAUAGCAGGAUAUGUGGGUUACUUGGGACCACCGGGACCACUUGGAAACCCUGGACCAAAAGGAGAAAAGGGUGAACAGGGAGAUGACAGCAAGAUAGAGGGCCUUUCAGGUCCCCAAGGUGACAGAGGUCCUCUUGGAGACAGAGGAGAGCGGGGAGAGCCAGGUGACCUGGGACACAUAGGUCAAGCUGGCUUAAAUGGGCCUAGAGGUGAAUCUGGUGCCCCAGGCCUUCCUGGACAUCCUGGUGUAAAAGGACAACCAGGGCUGAAAGGAUCCAAAGGUGAUCAGGGUCCAAAAGGAAAACCAGGGGUAACAGGUGCAUCUGGGAACAGAGGCUCACCAGGUCCACAGGGGUCAUCUGGCCCACGUGGGGUCCUGGGCAGAGAGGGACUGGAGGGCCCACCUGGAAUAGAUGGCUUACCUGGUAAAGAUGGAAGUAAAGGAAUCAAGGGGGAUCAGGGAGAGGAUGGAGAAACUGGUUUACCUGGAAAACCUGGGAUGCAGGGUGGAAAGGGGGUGACAGGACUUCCAGGAAGCCAGGGCUCCUUUGGUUCAAAGGGGGAAAGGGGUCUGCCAGGCCAGAUGGGUCCAGCAGGGAAGAGAGGUUCUGUCGGUGUGAUGGGAUUCCCAGGAAAACAAGGAGAUUUGGGAACUAAAGGCCAACUAGGCGACAUUGGUGAACAGGGUUUCCCGGGAGUACUGGGCAUGUUUGGACCAAAGGGACCCCCGGGGGACAUUGGCCUGGGAGGAAUACAGGGACCAAAAGGACCACGAGGACUGAUGGGUGCGGUGGGAGCCUUGGGCCCCCUUGGCAUCAUUGGGCCCAGCGGUCAUCCAGGACCCCAGGGUGACAAAGGAAGUCGUGGGGAGACGGGGUUACAAGGGCCAAAUGGAUCUCCUGGUCCUCGAGGACCACCUGGACCACCAGGCCUUCCAAGUUCUGAGCUUUUACUAAGAAAUGAAGCUCUCGGUGCUGCUUUGGAAGUCAUAAUGGAUUCACACACUGUUCUACAGAAAGAGAAUUAUCAAAGCAUGGACUUACCCAUGUUAGACCAAGGCACAGAGAUCUUGAAGACACUUCACCACCUCAGCACCUUGAUCUACAGCCUGAGGAACCCACUGGGAACCCGACACAAUCCAGCUCGAACCUGCCUAGACCUUUACAACUGUGAGCAGCGGAUGUACAAUGGAGCUUACUGGAUUGAUCCAAACCUUGGCUGCAGUGCAGACAGCAUUGAAGUGAUGUGUAACUUCAGUGGUGGAGGACAAACCUGCCUGAAACCUAUCACAGUUUCAAAGUUGGAAGUCGGAGUGGGUCGCAUCCAAAUGAACUUCAUCCACCUACUGAGCACCGAGGCUGUACAGCACAUCAUUAUUCACUGCCUCAAUGUCUCUGUGUGGGCCGAGGGACCCACCCAGCAACCUUCGUCCAACUCUGUAAGCUUCAAGGCCUGGUCUGGGGAGAGGAUCCAGCCAGGAGACCUUCUGGAGCCUCUGAUACCCAGGGAUGAUUGCUGGAUCAAAGAUGGACGCUGGCAUCAGACCCACUUCAUCUUCCAGAGCCAGGACCCAACUUUGCUUCCCAUCGUAGAUAUGCACAAUUUGCAAACCACAGAGCCCAGUGCACGAUUUCACCUCGAGGUCGGACCUGUGUGCUUCUUGUAGAGCCGACUCAGAAUACUCUCAAAGUACCGACUGCAUUAAAGAUGGAAGAGGAACAUCAAUGAUUUUGUUGUUUCCAAAACAACAAACCCCUCCACUCUCUUUUUAACAAAAUGCUUGGACUGCAAAAAAAACCAAAAACAACAGCAGAGGCGCCACAGAAAGACAACUUAUUGAAAUAAGACUUCUGGCUUUUCUCAAGCAACUGAAAAGAAUUGGUUGUGUGAAACUUGAGCUGGCUGUCUCUUUUGGGAAGGUUAAAUGAAGAUCCUAAACUUGUCAUCUCUUCAAGCUUGUUGUAUAUUUUUAUUCAUGGUCUGAUACAGUUCUGCAAAAAUGUGUACAGAAAUAUGGAAAUAAUACAUUUUGAAAUGAAGUAUUAUUUAAAGGUGUAAAUGUACUGUAUAUUGUACUUUGAAGUACUAUUGUUAUAUUUUGCGGCUUUUAUGGAUCUAUAUAGUCAUCUCACCCAUUCAGGUAUGCAGUGUUACUCCAGGUAUUUCUGUUUGAGCCUCGAUUAACUGCUCAGUGAUGAGUGUUCGUGCAGAUAUCUUCACACAAACAAGUGUUGUUUGGCACUUUCAGUGCAAACAUGAAGCAAAGAUGUCAACAAUGCUACCUCGCUCUGCACCUCUCAUCACAAAGCAAACUGAAGCCGUGACCUGAUCUAAUUUGGGACGACACAGAGGUGACACCUGAUGCUGUGGCAGUUGACAGGCAGGAGAUACACUCUUGUCAACUCUCAUCCAAGCUAUCUCUGUGCUUUAAAAGGGAAGAAUGUAAAACAUACACAAACGCCUAAUUUCUUGACAUAUCAUCUUGACAGGUUAGAGGUUAUUUGUAACCUUUAACCUGUUGAUUCGAACUCUAUAAGUUGUUCUUGUCAAACUGUAAACACAUCUGUAACUAUUUAGUAUUAGUGAUUUCUAUUUAAAACAUAUUUAAAUAUUCAUAAGCUCUCCACCUCAGAAGCAGGCACCAGCGCUUUAAAGGUUAUUUAAAAUACAACAAAUAUGAUUGGUAUCACCAAUCUGUAAACUCAGAGGACUUUUAACAUGACAGAAUACAAUGUAAAUCUCAGUGUUUGGUGUGUGGACAAUCUUUUUCAUGCUGAAUAAAGCCUUUAUGACACCGUCUGAAA